AUGAACACCUGCACAAGGAGGGCUCUGACGCCGGCUCUGCGUUGCGUAUUCGCUCUGGCCAUAGCGGGCCUCGUGUCGCUGCUGCUGCAGCCCGAGGGCGCCCUGGGCGAGGAGCUGCAAGUGCCGCAGCCCAGGGCCGCCAGUUGGCUGAACUUUGGCUCUUUCAAGAAGUACGUGGGGAAGCUCUUCAACAGCAGCCCGAAGAAAUCUAAAAACCACAAGAAAACUGCGAACACCACGAACACCUCCCCAUCGAAAGGCACGAAAUACCCUCCAUGGACCACCACGAACCCCCGGUGGCUGAAUACCUCGGAACCCCGACCACCGAUGUCCUCCCGAGGCCCCAGGUAGGACAGCCGGGACGCUCGGCACCGAGCCAGGGGCCUCGGGACUGGGGGAAGCUUGAGUGAUAGCGAGAGGAAGCUCCUGGGGGCGGGCAUUCAGGGAGACACAGCGCCCUGGUCGGGGAGCUUCUUUCUCCAGGCUGGGCCUUGGCCUCCAGACGCCUCUCUGCCCACCAACCCCUUUAUAUUGAGAGGGGCCUCAACCCCUCCUCAUCCCCUCAGUGGAAACAAUAAAGACAAAUUUCUGUUGCUUC